CAGCGCCAUAGUCACCGUAGUCCUGGCGACUGUAACCCACCAACAACAACCUCUCGCUCCAUCAUUACCACCUCCUCCACCAUCCUCAUCUUCAUCAACCAGUCCACAGCUCAGGCGCCAUGCAGACCCCUGAAGCAGGCGCUGACUCCACCUCCACUGUCCCUCUUCAGACCACCGUGCCUGUCCAGCCUACCGGCUCCACCCAGCAGGUGCCUGUCCAGCAACAGGCUCAGACUGUUCAACAGGUUCAGCAUGUUUACCCAGCACAGGUGCAGUAUGUGGAGGAAAACAGUGGCGUCUACACCAAUGGCAACAUAAGAACUUACUCGUACUCAGAGCCGCAACUGUAUAGCCAGAACAGUGGAGGGAACUACUUUGACACACAGGGCAGCUCAUCGCAAGUUUCCACUGUGGUGACAUCUCAUGGCAUGACCAACAAUGGAGGAGGGGGCAGUGGAGGAAUGAACAUGAAUCUGGCAGGGGGUCAGGUAAUCAGCACCAGUCCUGGGGCUUACAUCAUGGACAACGCUGCACCCCACCCCGCCACCCAGACGGCACGAACUUCCCCAGCUACUAUUGAAAUGGCGAUUGAGACGCUCCAAAAAUCUGAGGGUUUAUCCAGUCAGAGAAGCUCGCUGCUCAACAGCCAUCUCCAGUGGCUGUUGGACAAUUACGAGACAGCAGAGGGCGUAAGUCUACCACGAUCCACCCUCUACAAUCAUUAUCUGCGCCACUGCCAGGAGCAGAAACUGGACCCUGUAAAUGCAGCCUCUUUUGGCAAACUCAUCCGCUCCAUCUUCAUGGGACUCCGUACAAGGCGCCUUGGGACAAGAGGGAACUCCAAAUAUCAUUACUAUGGUAUACGUGUGAAGCCAGACUCCCCCCUCAACAGACUUCAAGAAGACAUGCAGUAUAUGGCCCUGAGACAGCAACCUGUUCAGCAGAAACAGAGGUUCAAGCCAGUGCAGAAGUUUGAUGGCUGCCCUGGGGAGAAUUACUCAGGUGGAGGCCAGCACCACCCUGGUGCAGCAGAGCAGACAGUCAUUGCACAGAGCCAACACCACCAACAGUUCCUAGAUGCAUCACGUGCACUCCCUGACUUUGUCGAGCUGGACCUGGGACAGAGCAAUACAGAGAACAUCAGCCCAGAGGAUGUGAAAGCUCUCCAGUCCCUUUACAGAGAGCACUGUGAGGCUAUCCUGGAUGUGGUCGUCAACCUCCAGUUCAGUCUAAUUGAGAAGCUCUGGCAGACAUUCUGGCGUUAUUCUCCUCCUGACUCUGUAGAGGGUGCCACUGUAACAGAAAACAGCUUAAGUGAGAUUGAAGCGCGGCUGCCCCGUUCACAGCUGUUGGAGCUGUGCAGAAACGAGGCUGUACUCAAAUGGAUGAGCACCUGUGACCAUCUAAUGUACCAGGCCCUUGUGGAGAUCCUCAUUCCUGAUGUCCUGAGACCCAUUCCCAGUGCCUUGACUCAAGCCAUUCGCAAUUUUGCCAAAAGCCUGGAAGGUUGGCUCAAUAAUGCCAUGAAUGCCAUUCCACAGAGAAUGAUCCAGACCAAGAUUGCCGCGGUUAGUGCCUUUGCGCAAACACUGCGCAGAUACACAUCUCUGAACCACCUGGCUCAGGCGGCACGUGCUGUUUUGCAAAACACAUCACAGAUCAACCAGAUGCUGAGUGAUCUCAAUCGUGUUGACUUUGCCAAUGUACAGGAGCAGGCAUCAUGGGUGUGCCAGUGUGAAGAGGGAGUGGUUCAGCACUUGGAGCAGGACUUCAAGGCCACACUACAGCAGCAAAGCUCCCUGGAGCAAUGGGCAGCCUGGCUGGAAAAUGUGGUCACUCAGGUGCUCAAGCCUUACGAGCACCGGCCCAGUUUCCCCAGGGCAGCUCGACAGUUCCUGCUUAAGUGGUCCUUCUACAGUUCUAUGGUGAUCAGGGACCUGACACUGCGCAGCGCUGCCAGCUUUGGCUCCUUCCACCUGAUUCGCCUGCUGUACGACGAGUACAUGUUUUACUUAGUGGAGCAUCGUGUGGCCCAAGCUACUGGAGAGACACCAAUUGGUGUCAUGGGGGAGUUCGACAGUCUCAACACCUUGUCCCUCACUAACAUUGAUAAAGAUGAAACAAGUGGGAUGGACAGCGACUUAGAAGAUGACACGGAGGAAUCCGGGGAACCUCUUGCCAAGCGAGAGAAGUCGGAGCAUGAGGUGAUCCAGGUGAUACAGGUCGGGGCGCUAGAGGACGGGUCCCACCCUGUGGUGGGGGUCGUCCAGCCCGGCGUCCUCCACUCACUGCCGCAGCCCCCGCAGGACCACACUGAGCACAUCCUUACCCCCUCUGCUGGCACUCCCACCAUCCGCCACUGCAGCACCACAGGCAACACCUACGCCUCCGUUUGAGGGUCCGAGGGCAAGGCCAGCCUCGCCUGGUCUGUUUUUGCUGUCUCACUCUCCACAUAUCUUUCUCUCUGUAAGUCUAGAUGUGUCCGUCUUUCUCAUGCAUUGUCUCCGUCUGCACUCGUGUGGACACGCUCUCCUCUCCCCAUCUAGCCCGGUCAGUGGGGGAGUGCUGAAAUGAUGAUACUGUGGCCAAGAUGUGCUGUCCGUGUCUGACUGCUUAGAUUCUGGAUGUGGUGUGGUCCCAUAAGUCUGUGCUCUAUCGCAAUGCAGCAGCUGGCGGAGGACUAAUUUGACCCGGUAAAUGUUUCCUGCCUUGGUAUGACAUGAACGCCUCUGUCUGUCUAUGCAGACGUGUUUUGUCUUGAAGGAAAAAUUCAACUCUUUCAAACUACUGAUGUCUCAGAGCUCAAAUCCAUGUCACUAGUCCCAGUGGAGCAAAGUCAUCGAUUGACUCAACACCUUCACCUACUGUAAAUAGUUUUGCUGUACUUUCAAUUGGUAUAUCCCAAAACUCAUGGUGCUAUCAUUGUGUUUUGUUUUAAUUUCCAUUUAUCCGUCCUAAUUUUAGCAUGAUUUAUGUCCACAUGCAUUCCAACUGCUGAUGUAUGUAGCUAAAAAAACAAGGGAGGACUUUCUAUCUAUGUAUGGCAUUUGAAAAAGGAUCAUAGGGCAGUUUUGUCUGUUAUGUUUAAAAAUGAUAUGGUAGCCACCCACUGAUAACCACUCCUAGAUUUUAAGCCGCAGAAAAAGAAACCCCUAAAGAAAUAUCUGUGCUGCUAUUUGUGUAAAUAGAAAUGAGAUGGAGAAGACCAGCUGUACAAAACCACUUCCUCAGUGCUAGCUUUUCUAUGCACUCUGUGCAUAUCGCUUGCCUUUGUUCAUUUUAGAUGGCGCUGUAGUGUGAUGUAAGUGACCAGCUGUAAUCUUGAACACUUACUGGACAUGAUCCCCCGUUUUUGUUUUUGUUUUUCUUUUGCAGUUUCUGUCUUACUGAAAUUUUUUUUUAAGUUCACAAAGGACCAAAAACAAACCAACAAGAGGACGCUGAGAGUGAGCCACUUGGGCCACCCGAGAGCUGUUUCCUGUCCCACAGUGCCAUGUCGCAGAGCAGAAGGAAUGUCAGGGAUUUAAUGUACCUCGGCUUUAUCAUAGUGCCUUAUCCUUAAAUGCAGCUGUCCUUGUAGUCCUGACUGUGUGCUGUAGAGAGCCCACAGCCCCUCUGCAUUGUCCCAGCCACAGAUUUGGCUUUCUGGUGACUCGUGGCUGGAUUUGGGCUGGCUCAUCAGUGUUGAGACCAAGGGAUGCAGGCACAGACACACCUGUUGUUUUCUCUGGAUGAGCUUCUACUAAGCUUAUUACUUAUCCGAAUCAUGGUCUUUAGCCUUGCUCCUGCCCUCACUCUGCCCUCUGGAGGCCUAUUCCUGCAUUCGCCUUUGUUAUCGGGUGAAGUGUAUGUGUGUGUGUGUGUGUGUGUGUGUGUGUGUGUGUAUGUAUGUGUGCGUAUGUGUGUGUGAACACGGAUGCAUCGGUCUGCACUGUGUUUUUAUGUACAUGUGUAUAUAAGCCUGUGUGUCUGCGUGCUUGUGUGUGUAUGUGUUGGAACACAUCCAUCAGUCACCCUACCUCAAACCAGUGGUGCCAGCCCUUUUGACGCGUGCAGCACAGUCACCAAACCUUAUUGCACACACACCACUGUACUGCACAAAUCUCAACGCGACAGAGAAAAGCUGCAUUGCUUUUUCUCUCACCUCUGAUACAUUUCCAUUUCAGUUUUUAGCCCAUAAAAUGCUUUCACCCUUUGUUCCCUGUUUGAAGAUCAUCUUUGUACAGUGGACCAAAAGUAGAUAUUUUGUGAUAUUCAAAGAGAUAUAUAGAUAUAUAUGUAUAGUAUAUAUAAUGAUGAUACACUACAUAUAUUUGUUGCUUUAUAUGUGAUUGUUUCUUUUCGUAGCUCCUCUGUAAUUAGUUCAUAGACUGUGAAAUGGGGAAAAGGCAUGGGGACUAACUUCUGAUUCAUUAGACUACAUCUAUACUUGAACUGUUAUAGCAUUCUAUGUUGUGGAGAUUAUUGAGAUUAAUCCUCUAAAUAGGAACAUUUUGUUACUAAAAAAAAAAAGAUUUUUGUUAUUGUUUUUUCAUGCUUGUUGAAAUGGUCUGCACGAUUUCUCUGCAGAAAUGUUUAUUUAUUGAUAUUUAUUGUGUUUUGGUUUCAAUGCUUACCCGUUACAACUUAUUCUAAUGGGUCCUGAUAAUGAAUCACAAAUUAUACCACUGCAAAUGGCAGACCUACUGUACAGGAGGACCAGAUGAUUUUUUUGUUUUGUUUGUUUUCUUCUUUGUAAGUCAUGUGUGUAGGUUGAUAAAGGUACAAAAAAAAAUAUGGGGUGGCACUGUAUGUGCUGUAUUCACUUCUUGGCUCUAUCACUGGUCAAAUGAUUCCUUCAGAUACAAGAAGUGCAAGGGAUCUUUGACAAUUAUUUUCUUUAUGUCUGUGUAGAAAACAUGCUUAGCAGUAAAGCAAGGUUUGGGAGUGCAAAUACUGCGUGCCAUUUAGGUUACUGGGUCAGUGGACUCUCACAGAUGUUUUGUUAAAUAAUUUCUACAACACUUUUGGGAGUCUGGCAACCCCAAAGACAUACUCAUCAAUUAAAGGACCAGUGUGUAGGAUUUAGGGGGAUAUAUUGGUGGAAAUGGAAUAUAAUAUAAUAAGUAUGUUUCCUUUAGUGUAUAAUCACCUGACAGUGAGAACUAUUGUGUUUUCGUUACCUUGGAAUGAGCCGUUUAUAUAGGGAGAGGGUCCUCGUCCAUGAAGUCCGCCAUGUUGCAUCACUAUGUUUCUACAGUAGCCCUGAACAGACAACCAAACACUGGCUCUAGAUAGGGCCAUUAGCAUUUUUGCGUGUUGAACAGUGUCGGAAAAACACUGAUUUUCAACGUGAAACUGCUUUAUUCAGUGUUUAUACCGGUUUAAAUCACAGGUCCGUUUGUUUUAGCAAGGAAGAGACCUCUGUGGAUAAUUCAGCUCCCGUUAAAACCCUCCUGAACGUCUUGAUCAUAAGUAACUAGAGACAAAAAGUGAGCACACAUUAGAAGGUGCUUGGCUGGCAGCCCACCUCCUACAAGCCAAACAGCAUCAGAGAAACACUGAUUUGUACUGUGAAACUGCAUUACAUUAUUAUUAUUACAUUAUUCAGUGUUGAUACAGAUUUUAACCUCUUGGUCUGUUUGUUUUGGAGAGGAAGAGACUUCUGCGGAUAACCAGCUCCCGACAAAACCUCCUGAACAAUGCCCACUGAGGGAAUCAUUACCCUGAGUUCACGCGUGGCACUUGGGAGAAGUUUCAGCUGGUUGCAGUCUGCAAUCAUCACCACUAGAUGCCGCUAAAUCCUACACACAGCUCCUUUUAAACCUGCGGUACACAUCUCAUACUGUAGCCUUACCCCAAGUCUGCUGCCUUGAAAUGUCUGGCUUACCAGAUCUAGGAAUUGAGCGCACAUUAAUCUGGCUUUCUUAUCAUAAUGCUGAAGAAUAGUUUAAAAAGUCAGCAAGAAAAGGUCAACGUACUUUAAGUAGCUGGAAGUUGAAGGCCUGAGGCAUUUCGUUUACAUCAGUCUGCAAGCAUGACGAACUUGCGCCCUGACUUUUGGUAUUAAACUGUUUAAUGCAAGUUGGGGGUACAAUAAUGAAACUGUCCAAUAAAAGAAAGGAAUGCAUACAAAAUUUUACACCCGAGAUCAUCUCUUAUACUUUCUCCAGAGCUGCACAUAAAUCUCUGUAAUAACUGCAACAUGAAUGAACUUCCCCAUUCCCAAGAGUUCACUUGACUGACUCCGGCACGCACUGAGUUUUUAAGAACGGCGUUGUAAAAAGUGGAGAUGGGGUUCUGUCUGUGACUUUAAAGUUUAAAUUAUGUUGUAAAUCUGGAUAGUUGUGUACCGGUUAGGAAUGAAGGUUUUGCAGGAUUUUUUUUUCUGCUUGUGGCAUUUUUUUCCUUUCUCUCACUGAAUGAUUUUGUUGUUUUUUUUUCACAUAUAAAUCUCAGCUCCCUUGUCAUAUAAAUUAACAUUGUAGAUGUAAACUUGUAUUAUUUUGUGCCUGAAGUGGAAAAUGGCUUAUGAAAUGUUUUCUUUAAAUCUUACUUGUGUGCUUUAGGAUCAUAAGUGCUUUCUGGUCUUGCACGCCUACCAUGUGCUGCUAGAAACUAUUUUGUUUUUAUGUCGAUUUUGUUUCCCUUCCCCCCCGCCCUUUUUAUUCUACAUAGACUUACUCAUGUGCCAGACAGUGAUUUAGCUUUCUGCAUCUCAAAGCCUGCCUGGUUUAACACUGACUGGACUGAUGCUAAUGCUGCCAACACAAUUGUACUUUAUUUCUCAGUGUCUUCACAAAAUUGAGGAGUAAGAUUGUUUUGUAACAGCUGUUUGCAAAGGAGCCUGUUUCCAACCAGAAAAAAGAAACAAAAAAAAAGAAGACAUAAGCUAUUCCGUAACUUGUCAUAGGAGCGAAAGCUAAGAGAUGCCUCGUCACCUGGACUAAACGGCAGCUUCACUGACCCAUAGCAGACUCCAGUGCCUUUAAUUUCGCCCCGGCCAGAGCAGAUGGCCUGGGUGACUAUUGGGUCUCUGGUGGGCUACAGAUAGAGGCUAUCAGAACAGACAUUUAAUUGCACAGGUGCUGCCACUGAGAAGACACCAGGAAAGCAUAAAGACCUGUCCUCAGACUUGGACUAUUUAUUUACUGGAUGUGACACCACAGACACACACACACACACACACACACACACACACACACUCGCACACAUACUUAGUAGUUUACACACGGUAGAUAACCUGCAGACAGCUUUUUAUUGUACAGAACUGGUUAAAUGAACAAGGAGAGUUACUGUAAGUAAAAUGCUCUCUAAUGAAUUGUUUUCUCAUGAUCGUGCUUUUCUUUUGUCAAAAUGAUAUUUUCUGAAUGCUGUGACCUGUUUGAGAUUUGUAUUUGGAUGUUUUCAAGUGCCAUUUGACAGUCUAGUGAGUCGUGGCCAUCUGUAGCACGCUCUAAUGCAAGCACAAGCAUUUGGCAGUGGCAUUUGGGGAAGGUUCUUAUUUUGAUUCACCCUAGACAAAAGUAUGUAUAUAUCAGAAACUGGGGAGAAAAAAAAAGGUAUAUUUAUUUGUGUCUUAAUUAUUUGAUUUGUUCUUUCGGUGAACAUUUUAUCAGAUAUGUUGGCUAAAGUGCUUUUGUGAUUUCUUUUUUUCUCUUUUUUCCUUUGGAUAAUGUAUAGUAUCUGAUAUAAUAUAUACAUACAAACUUCAUGUGACUUUCUUUUUGUGUGCCAUUCAGUUUUUUUCUCAAAUUGGCGAGCAAACCAAUGCGUGUAGGGUGAUUUGUAUUGUGUAUUUUACAUAAAAAACGAGGACAAUUGGGGGACUUUUAUAUUUAUAAAGACAUUAUCAUUUAGUGUGUCGUAUUGAUGAAUAUAGAAACUAUUAAAGACACAUGUAGUUUGGUUUUCUGAAUAUUUCAGAUCUCAGCUCAGGCUAGCUUCUUAGUGUUGUUUUCUUAAAAUUUGUGACUCGUCUUUGCAGUAAUAAACGU